AAGAAAAAAUAAAUAAAAAUAAAACUUAUACAAUAAACGAUAAUUCCGAGGCAAAAGGCGUGAUUGUCGCCGUGUCGUGCUAGACAAAUCUAGGAGUGCAGCGGCGUUGAUACCGCGCGAUGGCUAUGUUGACGCGUCUGACCAGCAGUGGCACCACAACCGUGGCUGGCGCUCCUGGCUCCCCGAAGGGUCUGCAGCGUUUUCAGAAUUAUAUCGCUGCAUUUCUGUGGCCGGGAACGCAACGACAGCAGCGCAAGUCGACGCAGCUGGACGCCAUUGAUUGCUUCACCAACGAUUUGGUCAGCCGCAAGACCCAGAAAUGGGAGGAGCUGCGCGACAGUCUGAUGCACAAGCAAUCGCCCGCCCUGGAGGCAGACGCCAACAGCAAUGUGGCAACGGGAACCGCAACAGGAACUGGGGCAGCCAACACCAGCUUCAGCCAGAACGUGGGCCUCAUGUCCAAGGGGAUGAUGAGUGAUCUCAAAGCGCUGCGUUCGCCACAGCUGGGCCUGGACAUUCGAUCGUUGUCGCAGCCGCAGCUGGACAACCUUCUGAUGGCCACUCUGGAGAUCAAGAACAAGCUGGACUUUCUGUACUUGAUCAGGCAGUGCAUUCGCUGUAACCUGUUGCCGUCCAACGAGGUGUUCAUCACCUGCCUCAAGUACUUGAGCACGCAGCGGAAGCUGCAGCAGCUGGAGGCACUGGCGGAUACCUGCCGCCAGCUGAAGCAUCCCUUUGCCAACACCUAUGCCGACUUGGCGCCCUUCAAGGCCAUUGCCCUGUGGAACAAUGGCAAUGCGGAGGUAGCCCUGAUGACCCUGCAUCGUGGCUAUGGCGUCAGCAUGACCACCGAGGAGGGACGCCGCAUGAUUCGGACCGCCUUUCGCACAAUAUCCGAGGAGACGCUGGCCCAGAAGAGCGAGGCCGUGCUGGUGUCCCUCAUGGAUGUGGCCCGUGCCAUUCAUCGCGAGCACAAGGACAUCUUUGUGGUGGCCUGUGUGUGGAAGCAAUGCUUCGUCAGCGACUGGUUCUGUGACCAGAAAUCGGCAGGCGAACUCCUCGAGCACUACAAGGAGCUGCAGGAGUUGGUGGAGCGACGGGCCAAUCCGCUGUGCUCUUCAUUCCUCGGUCGGAACAAUGUGGAUGCGGUGCACCGACUGAUUGAAGUCUAUCUGCAGCACCAGCAGCGCUCGGCCUGCGCCAGUUGCCUCAGUUUGCUCUUCAACUAUCAAUAUUUGCGCAAGGAUCUGCGUGCGUGUGCCGAGAUAGUCAAGUCCUGCAGCGAGCUGGAGAUGCCACUGAAUGAGCUGCAGAACGAGCAGUUCCUCAGCCUGUUCCUCGAUCAAAGCGAUCCCAUUGACACGGCCCACGGAGCGACAGCCGCCAAGUACAAGACACCAAAGUCCUUCCAGUACAAAUUCUAGGGCCCCAUUCUGGUCAUUUGCAGUUCUAGUUGUAGUCGUAGCAUGGCCGUUGUCAUCGUAGCACAAGUUGCACCCCAAAGCAAUAUGCAUCCUCCUCCUCCUCCUACCAUAAAAACGCAGAGUGUAGCGUCAGCAGCGUCCUCUUUAAUAAAUGUUAUUUAAUGUCA